AUGAAGCACAAUACGGUCGGACAUCAGGUACUCUCAUUCCUGUCUUUAUUUCGUCCUGUGAAAACCAUCACUGCAAGAUGUCUUCACGGCCGGACACUUUCCAAACGGAGAUCACUUUAUGAUGUCCUGGAUGUGUCGCACUCCGCCACACAGGCUGAAAUUAAAGCCGCGUAUUAUGAAUUGUCGCUGAAAUAUCAUCCAGACGUGAACAAGAGCGAAGAAGCCCAGCAUAUGUUCACAGGUUUGUUAGGAUACAAAAAUUUUUUAUAGUCGAUAUGUAAAGGCGCAGACAAGCUAAUGAGGCCCACGUGGUAGGAGCUCUUUGCAGCAUGACGCUCCUUGUAGUCUUUUAGACCCCCUCUUUCUCUCGGUGGUGGACAAAACACUGACCCCCAGUCCAUGGACUACCCAUAUUAAUUACCCUAAAAUCGACUACCCUGCUGAAGUCUAGUGAUUUAAGGUUACGAAACUGAGUGAAUCGGGUUUCAUUUGGGGAAACUGAUGUGAAGCUUGACUCACUCAGUUUGGUAACCCAAAUCACUAAUCUUUAGUGGUGUAGUCCAUUUUAGAUUAGUCCAUAUGGAUGGUCCGUGGAGUAGUUCAUGGACUGGGGGUCAGUGUUUUGCCCACCAACCCCUCUCCCAGUGAUAUAUAGAGAAAUCCUAGGGUAGAGCAGGAUGGUUAACAAGUCAUUCCUGAAGAGGUAGCUAUUUGAACAAGUUUGGUCAAAAGAAACACCCCCCUUUCUCUGAAUGAGGGACUCUGUUCUGUUGUGACUUUGACCCUUUUAUUUCUUAUCAGGGGAAAAACUCUAAGAGGGUUUAAUUUACAGGUGUGCAGUUGUCAGACCUGGGUUCUUCUUGACAUUCCUGCACUUUUAGUUAGAAAGCAUUGUUAACCCUUUCAGCCCCAUAACCACAUACAAAUUUCCUUCACUUUUCUGCAUGCAUUUUUUUAAUGGACUUAUUUAGAGAAUUUGUUUACAGAUAAAAGCAGUUGGUGAUCAUGAAAUUUUGAUGCAUUGAUGUUGUUAGGAGAAAAUUGAUGUUAACCACUGUUAAGACUUGAAAUGUUAAAGAAAUUAUUUAAUAUUAUUUUACCAUUUAUAGUGCACCUUUUCUAAUAAAUAAUCAUAAGGACACAUGUCUUAAUUGGUAAGCUCUAUUUGAGGUUAAAGUUGCAGGACAAGGAAAACUUAACUGCUGAUUGUUUCAUGCAGUUUGUUUGGGCAUCAUUAAAGACAUGAUAUUUGGGUGGUUCUACAUAACAUUAGUUGCUGAUGAGCUUUUUUUGUUUAUAUAAUUUAGAUUUUAUAUAUUUUUUUCAGAACUGACCAAGGCAUACAGUGUGCUUAGUAAUUUGAAUUCAAGGAGGGAGUAUGACAAAGAAAUUGGUGCUUACUUCACUAUGAGGAGUGUAAAGAAGAAAGAUGCUGGCGAGAAGAUGCUGCGACUGACAGAUGAAAUGUUAGAGAUUGACAUGAAUGGGACAAGAGAGGUAACAGUAUUUUGCUAAGUUGUUUUUGGUGUUAAAUGUACGUAUAGUAUCAAACAUUUCUUUCAGUUAUUUUAAUUGAAAACCUUAUUAAAUUAGGAAAGAUACUGAAAUGUAUAUGUUGUGGUUCAAUUUUAUCCUUGGUUUAAGUUUUAUUACCCUUUUUUUUGGGGGGGGGGAGGGGGGUAUGGGCGGUUAUGUAUGAUAAUGAGUAGAAAACAAAAGGAAGUAAAAUUUAAACCAAGGAUAAAAUUGAACCACAACAUAUACGUAAUGUAUGCUGUACACUGUAAAACUCAGAAAGCAGUGGAAAGAUGGGAAAUCUUACUCACUCAGGAUUUUCUGCCUUGGUCCCACAACAAAAAAGUUAUCUUUUUGGCAUAAAUCUUUUAUUUGCCAUUUGCACAUCUCACAAAAUACACUGUGUUUGCCCCCUGAACUUUUGCAUAAACUCGGUUUUUUUUUCCUCCUGGGUAUUUGAUUGGUCCAAAGUGAAAUUGAAGACAAUACUUAUGCAAAAUUUUGGGGCGCAAACAAGGUGUAUUAUGGGAGGUAUGCACACGGUGAAUUGACGACGCUGGUCUGAUCAAGAUGGCUGGAUGAUGGCCUUGUUCUUUUUUGUGUUCUUACUGACGUUGACUUUUAUUUGGUCCAUAAAAAUGCAAAUAAAAAGAACUUUGGCCAAUAUCCAGCCAUCCUGACCUCAUGAUUGGUCAGUAAGGCCCAGUUCAAACAUUGAAAUUUUUACGUCCUGAACUUAAUACCUAUAAUUAUUCAGGUCAACCAUUCAUGUUCAACAAUGGUGUACCUGUACAUUACUUACCAUGGAAAAUAUAUUGUAGUGAUAAUGCAUCAGGUUUGGCACAUAACAAGUUUGCCUUUUGAAACCAAGUCGCUCCACAAUCAAAAUUCUCAUGUGUACCACUCUUUAUGCAUAGAAUUAUAUAGGUUGGACUUAAUUGAUUUAAACAUCGAUCUCCUCAUGUAUUUAAUUGAAGGGAUCAGGUUCAGUACAUGAAAAGUUCAACCUUUGAACUGGGCCAAAAGUUACGCAUAUAUGAUAAUAUGUAAAAGAAAAUCUCUUUAACAAGAGUAUUCAAUGGGUUGUUUUUGUUUUCUCUUUUUCACACCAGAGUGGAAUAUUUCUCAGCACCAUUGCAACUCUUAGCACUGUAAUGGGUGUCCCAGUAAGACUGACCAAUGUAUCUGUUCCUAACGGUGGUCUCCAGUCACAUGACAUGAGAGUGCUUCAGCUUCUGCGCAUGAUCUGCAAUGGAACACUGGCUGCAAACACAGGACUGUCCACUGUGACAUACAUCCCUGGAGAGUUGCUGAGUGGGCACUUCUCAGCUGAAGCUGGGAGAUUAGGGUAUGUUGCAAUAUCCACAUACAAAUUCUUGUGUCUGAUUCCAUACAUUUCCUUACAGAGCUUGUUGAGAAAAUUUGCUUAAUGAUCACUGAAUUUUUCCUUUUAACUCUCAUAAUCUUCUUGCUUGAUUAUGUAUUGGUAUGGUUAGUAGAAAAUAGAUGUUGGUCAUUAUGCAUGUAAAAAGAAAGUAGCAGCUGCAAUGACAUGUUUAAACUCAGGUGUUACAGACACGGGGGGAAAGGGGUACAGUGUCUGAAAAGCAGAUUACUCUGUACCUGUAUCAAAUUGCAGAGAAAAUGAAUUUUGCAGCUCAUUCUUUCUCGUCAAGGAUGUGCCAAACAUUUUUACUGAUUAAUUGAACUGACAAUAAUUACAUUGUAUUACCAAUUACAUCCCUGAAAACUAAAAAUUUAAAAAUGUAGUCCUGACUAAGACGGCAACAAGAUCUACCAGCCUGAGGCUACAGUGCAUGUAUGUUCACAUGUAACAUAUCUCUUCACAUUUUUACACCGCCAGUGUAAGAAGAAAUUGAAAUGGACAGACGGCCAAAACACCGCAAUCUGUUCAAAACAUUUUAUUCAGAGACAUUUCUUGCAAUGGCCUUUGUUCUGUCGAGUCCUUCUUGUUUUAAUGAAAAAUGCACAUUCAAAAAAUCAACUUGCGUGAUGGUCGUCGCCUCGCGUGACAUCCAAGCUUAUGGCGACUACUGACGAUAUCGAUUAAUUUGUUUGUUGUUUGUCUUUCUGUGACAAAGAGGGGGAUCUUUAAUGUUUGGUUACCAGCGUUAAUAUACAUAACGCUUCACAUGGGCCCAUCAUAGUCGAGUCUUACUGGUCGGCGGACUUCAACGUAUUUUCCGCAAAGUUUGCGUGAGGAUAAUCACGAUCCAGGUCACGAACAUUUCUGUCUAAAGAUACAAACAAUCAACAACGAUGGCGUCUGAUUCAGAAAAGAAAGCUAGCGUGAGAAAGGACCAGUUGGUCUUUAUGCGAGGUGUUGUAGCAGGCGGCGUGCUUUUGUUGCUGGUAGCUCUUUUAGCAGUCUACGGGCCUAUACCAAGACCUCAUUUGCCAAGUUUGGAAGACAAACUAGUUUUCACGCUUCAGUGGCAAGCUGUUUCUGCUUUUGGUCUAAUUGCAGGUAAGGAUGUUUAACUUUUUAUUAUCAUUUUAUUAAUUACUUAGCUAUUGCAGAUAUCUGAUGACUACGUUUUCAAUUUUCUGAGUGCACGUUGUUUCUUUAAUUUCACGAGUGAAUCAACUUAACUACUUGCAUGUAGAGGUGUAUAUAUAUCAAGCAACCCUCAACAUCGCUUCGUUGCGUCCAUAUUGCAGGACACCUUAUAAUGAUGCACUGUAGCUCAUAAUUUCAGUGUAUGUGCAAUGCACGUAGUUACUAAAACAAGGAAUGACCUACAAUGACCUACAAUGAUCUACAAUGACCUACAAUGAUCUACAAUGACCUACAAUGAGCUACUAUGACUGAACGUGUAACCCCUGUAAUGAGCUAAAAUGAAGAUUUAAGAAAAUGACAAAAAAAAAAAGACCAGGGGACGUGUGUCGUAGUUACUAAAACAAGGAAUAACCUACAAUGACCUACAAUGACCUACAAUGAUCUAUGGUGAGCUACUACGAGCUACAAUGAGCUACUAUGAGCUAAAAUGAGUUAAAAUAAGCCCUACAAUGAACUACAAAAUGACGGACAAUGAUGUUUGUCGUGUGUCACGCUUGGAUGUGACACUAGGCUCAUAGUAUUAAAUUGCCAAGCACAUUUUGAAAAGGCAAAACAAAAAUUGUGCCUGAUCUCAGGUAGCCUGCGCGCAGACGAAAUUAAACUCUGGUUUUAACCAGAGUUAAAACUCCGUCCGUACUAAUCAGAGUUUAGUUAUCGUCUGCACGCAGGCUAGAUCUCAGGUAACUUGAGAAACUUGAAAAUAGAUUAUUGCGAUCGCGUUUUUACUGGUAUAGCACUAUUAUACCCUGUAUUGACGGAAGUCAUGCAGGCACUCCCUUAUUUGGCCUAGAUGGUAUGGGCCGCUGAGCGGGAUAUGGAUUUUACUAUUUAGCGUUACAAACAGAGCAUCCUGUUGGACCGAAAGCCAUUUAAGGGUCUUAUGAUGUCUUAUACAGGCCAGGGUACUUAAAAAAAAUGAAAAAAAUUUUUUUUGAACUGGGUCAGAAUUUGAAGGCCUCCUUUGUUCAUCUCUACCCUUACGUCCCUUGCAGAUCUCCCCGGAUCGACUGUUGGGGUGACUGUGUUUGUUCAAUUUGUUUGAAAAAAAGACAAGACAAAAUAAAACUAAUGCGAAAGGUUGCAAGGGAUGGUUUGGACAAAAGUCACAGUAUCAUCAUACAUUUAUUAUUACACUGUAAAUUUAUCUCCAAGCAAAAUAAUUAGAGAUGCUGUCAUCGUUAAAUGGGCCGUCAUGCAGUAGACUAAACGCGUUACGUUUACGCACACAUGUCCCCUGAUCUUUUUUUUUUUUUGUCUUUUUCUAAAAUCUUCAUUUUAGCUCAUUACAGGGAUUACACGUUCGGUCAUAGUAGCUCAUUGUAGUUCAUUGUAGAUCAUUGUAGGUCAUUGUAGAUCAUUGUAGGUCAUUGUAGGUCAUUCCUUGUUUUAGUAACUACGGUGCAAUGCAUGUUACUGCUGUGACAGAAGGAGAAAUUGAGCAAAACGUUGUUCAAUUCAAUGCACAUGUGACACCAGCUAAGACGUCUUUGAAUCUGGCUGCAGGUCUGGUGUGGGUAGAGGCAACCCGAGGACUUACAACCGCAAUUAAUCCUCUGGACAAAGACGCAGCGAAACAGAAUCUCAGUGGGGUAGCUCCCCGUUACGCAUCCAACACACUAGAGCAGUAUCUACUGAGUUCUGGAGCAUCACUCAUUCUGUCAACUCACCUGUCAUCUGAAAACAUGCAUGUUAUUCCAGUGUUGGUGAUUCUCUUCAUGUUUGGUCGCCUCACGUUCGCUCUCGGCUACAAAUACUAUCAUGCUCAUCGGGCAUUUGGACAUAUGGUCACAGCCUUCCCGACUGUUUGUGUUUACGUGUAUUGUGUCUACCGCCUGGUGAUGAACAACUUUGGUUACAAUAGAAGCAGGCAGGUUUAA